AUGACUUCAGAGAAUUCUGAAAACUCUCUGAAAGAUGAUCUAGAACGUUCGAACGACGGCAGCGAAACUCGACACGAGGGCUUCACAGACGACCACAACAAAGAGGACUACAAAAAUGAUGGCACUGCUAGCAGCGACAACAAAAACAGCUGCAACAACAACCGCAGCGACGAUGUCAACAACGACGACAACGAUGAUGUUGACAAUGGUUGCGAAUAUGAAACUUAUCUUCUCAACAAUAGCGCCACACGGGCCACACCAUCUCAAGACGAUCCCCAAUUGAUACCACGUGGCUACCGGGGCGGACCAGCUCAAUUUGCCGGAACCGAACUCAGAAUGGAUGGAAUGAGGAUGAAAAUGAAUGAAGACAUACAGGAUAUCCGGUUCGCGCCAUCUUCGUCGCCACAACGAGACAACGCCUACAACGUAAAGUUUUGUGGGGGUGGUUGCGGGUCUAACAGCUGCAGGCCAGUGUCCGGUGUUAGGGCGGUUCAACCAUUGGGUGGCGCUAAUGAUUUUGAGAAUAAUAUCAACCAAAUCUAUGACGGCCAAUCACGUGGCCCAAACCAAAACUGCUAUCGCUAUGGCACCGACUUCGACCUUCUCAGUCGCUAUGGCAAUGGUCUGGACUCUUCUAUAGCACCACGUGAUCUCCGGGGAAAACUGGACAGAUGUGCUGUCGGAACUUCGAAGGAUGAUCCAUUGCCGGCCAAUUCAAAAAUGGCGGAUUUAGACGGACUAACAAAAUCAGCUGAUAAUGUAAAAGAAGCAAGUGAAGAUCCGGAACAACAAAAACUAAAACUACCUGUACCUAACACCAUAUUUGGUUCCAUUCCCCGCCCGGCGUUUUUGGCUUCUAUAUUUGGUAGUAGUAGCAGUAGCAACAGAGACAACAACAAUGAUUCUGCCAAUAAAAACGAAAACAAAAAUAAUUCUGAUGAAAAGAAUAAAGAGGAAUGUAAGGCCAACAAGAAAAGAAAGCGCAAGUCAAGCUCAUCCUCCAGCAAGGGCUUAACUAAAAAAUCGUUAAAGGCCAAAAAAAGUGCAUCAAAAAUUAAAACUAAGCCACAAGCCGCUCCUCGCAGGUCUUCCAGAAUAAAAGCGAAAACAGAAAAAAAACUGCAGAAAGAGGAGGAUGAUGACGGAAUAAGAUAUAGAUUAAAUAAACCAAGUUCUAAGACACUGCAGCGCCCAAAAUCGACCAAAAUCAAAAUUUCUAACAAAAAAAGCACUUGUAGUAAAGCAAAGGUGGGUGAAAAGAUAAAAUCAGUAACAAAAGUCAACAAAGUUACAAAAACAAAAGCUACCGCGAAACAGUGCAAAUCGAAAAAAUCACCCAUGAGAAAGAGAAAACGUAGCUCCAUAAGUAGCUCUAAAGGUAACGCAAGCGUCAGUUUUACAAAACACAGAGCUAAAAAACAAAAAUUAGCUGAUUCUGCUAAAGAUUGCUGCUGCCGUGGACACGUAUGUUACAGAAAAGAUAGUGAAUUGAAAAGUAAGCCAAGCAUUAAAAAAAAAUCUGCUGCUAGUACUGGCAAGAAAUGUAACAAAUCUACAAAUAAUACACCAAACAUUUUUGUUGCCAAUUUAAAAAAGAGCGUCAUUGACGACGAUGAUAAAAUAAGAUACCGUUUGGCACGCGUUCCACGUUCACAGACAAAUGCGAACGUUUCCAACAAAAAAUCCCAGAGCAAAAUAGUUAAACACUCUGCUCCUAAAUCAGCAGUUAAACAAAAAGGAAGCAAAACGGUAUCAGUUUCAAAAAAUGUCUCAACUAUGAAACAGCCAGCUAAAAGCAAAGCACGUUCAGCCUUAAAGAGCAAGACAAAGACGAGUGCAAUGAAAUCAACUAGCCAAGUUGCAAGAAUUUCGAAAAAAGCCAGCUCUGCCGUUAAAACUGAGAAUGCUGAAAAAAAUACAGCUUAUAAAAGAAAAAAUUUCUUAACUGUAUCGGAUAAUAACAAAACAAGUUCGUCAGCGAAAAAGAAGAAAUUGGAUGAGAAGUCGAAAAGUAAAAACGGCAGCGAUCGAAAUGUAUGUAACGUAAAGAGCGGUGCUUUAAAUGCAAUUAACGCUGGCUCAAAUACAAACAAUAACGCUAAAAUUUUUAAAAUUCUUAAAAAUAAAGUUGACUCGGUGGGUCGUAAUCCUAAAAAAGUUACAAAACUUCCAUUAACAUAUCAAACUCGCCUUAACAAACCAGUAAUCAAGCAACCCACCAGGCAAAUAUCAAAAAGAUCACAAAAAAGGCAGCCUACUAAAUCGAAAAGUGCAGCAAAAACAAAUGAUAAAAUAUUUCCCAGAAGAGCCAGCAAAAAAAGUCGUUCAACUGCCACCUCAAGCAAAGUUGCAAAAAGAUCAAAUUCAGUAUCGAUGAGCUCUAAGUCGAGUAAAAAAAGCAAACUGGUUAAAGAUAGCGCGGCUGGGUCGGGUUUGGUUGUUAAAAGAGGCGUUAAAGGUACAACGGGCCGUGCCAAAAGGGAAAACAAAUCAGCAAUCUUAACUGCUAAAAAAAGUCAGAGCGGUCAAGCCAAGCCGAAAAAGUCAAGCAAAAGUGGUUCUAAAAUUAUUAUCCGUUCAACAACAAAAAAAGAAACUUUUACAAAAUCGAAAAGUCAAAAUGGUAGGAGCAAAACCACUAGCUCCAAAGUUUGCGCUUCGAAAGCAAAAAAAGAAACUGUUAAAAAAGAUCUGAAGCGUAAAAAGGUUUCUAGUUUGACCAGAAGUGCCAAAAAAUCAAAAUCGAAGAAACGUCCAUCUCCGUCAGCUACGAAGAAAGAGAAAAUUGUGAAACGCAAAAUCAGUCCUAGCAAAAGUCCCUGCCCUGCAAAGCGAGCUCGCAAAUCGAGGGAAGAUGUUGUUGAGACGAGCAACGAGAGCCAUUCAUCUACAACAUCGAACGAUCCUUUGGCUGCCGGUGAUAAAAACAGCUCCAACAGCAAAACCAACAACGACGACAAAAAAGAUGCGAAAACAAAAGAAAAUGAAUCAAAAGAUCAACCCGGUUGUAGUUUCGAUUGCCUCAGUCACCGCCCCAGAUCGACAAUCAGACUUGAGUCGCUAGUGAAGAAGGCAAAAUUGAUCGUACCUUCAGUAGAAGAAGCUACAAAAGGCGGCAAACCAAGAAUGGUACCCACAAUGGAUGAUAAAGAAGGAGAAGACAGGCAAAAAUCGAGAACGACAGCAGCAAAAAUCAGAGGCACUACUAGCAAGAGUAGCGCUUCGUCAAAAACAGCUAAAACUGAUAGUAAAGUAAAAACUAUUGCCUCCAAAAAAUCCGCUGCAGUGGUCAAACCAAAAAAGAUUGCAACAGUCAAGGGUAGAGAUAAUUCAGCAGCCAAACCGAAGUCAGCAGCUAAGAAGCAAGUAAAAACUGCUGCCGUUAAAAAGUCCGGUGCAAAAACUGUCGCCAGGGCUGCUAAGAUCUCCAAAAGAAAGUAUGUCCGAGCAAACUAA